CGCUCUCCGCUCGUGCUAUACAGCUCCUCGCGCGCAGGUGGUGUGUGCGGCUCCGAGUCAGAUCUGAGGAUGAUGCGAUCCGCACAACUUCUCGCCGCAGUCAUUUACUGCUUAGUGUGCAUUUAUUCUCUACCGGUGCCAGAAGUGAAAAAUAGCCACCGUUACAAAACUGCGGACUGGCCUCCCAAGACUCAUCACCAGGGCCUUAAAAAAAGGAGCAGACUUCAUCAUGAUCAGGAGACACUCAAUGAAGAAUUUAGCAAUAAGAGAGUGAAGCCACACAUGUCUCUACCCAAAAACGGUUCUGACUGGAACAGACCUCGCUGUGGAGUUCCAGACUACCCCUCGCAGAAAGGAGGGAGCGCCUUUCACUACUCCACUCACAAAGGAGCCUUGCUUGGGGGUCGUCAUCGCCAAAAACGAUUUGUUUUGUUUGGAGGACGAUGGGACAAAACAGACCUCACAUACAGGAUCAUGCGCACGCCUUGGCAGAUGAGUUUAGAGAAAGUCAGACAUGUGCUGCAGGAGGCGUUGCGGGCCUGGAGCGACGUCACCCCAUUGACUUUUACUGAGGUCACCAGCGGCCGGGCGGAUAUCACCAUCGACUUCAACAGGUACUGGCAUGGAGACAACCUACCCUUUGAUGGCCCAGGAGGUAUUCUGGCCCAUGCAUUCUUUCCCCGAACAUAUCGGGAGGGGGACAUCCACUUUGACUAUGACGAGUCUUGGACAAUUGGCAACAGCAUGGGUACUGACCUCCUCCAGGUUGCCGCUCAUGAGAUCGGUCAUGUUUUAGGACUGCAACACUCCUUAGAACCUGGAGCUGUCAUGUCACCUUUCUACUCAUUCUCGUACCCGCUUCAGCUGAGUGUGGAUGACAAGCGGGGCAUACAGUCCCUGUACGGUGCCAAACAAAUGGAGGAGAAAGUAGAGAAGAACGAGAUACCGCCUGAAGCCCCAGAAACAAAUGAGAUUGAAAUCACAAUGCCUGAUGCUUGUCAGACAGACUUUGAUGCAGUAUCUAUGAUCCGAGGCGAGCUGUUUUUCUUCAAGUCGGGGUACGUGUGGAGGAUUCGUGAUGGUAAACUGCAGCCUGGAUAUCCUGCGCUGGCGUCCAGGCACUGGAGAGGAAUCCCGGAAAAAAUUGAUGCCGCUUUUGAGGACAGAUCUGGAAAUAUCUGGUUCUUCCAAGGGCAGAGUUACUGGGUGUUUGACGCAGAGCGGCAGAUCACUGGGCCGGACUCCGUUCAUCGGCUGGGUCUAACCGUGACCGACAUCCAAGCUGCCCUCAUGUGGGGAGAAGACAAGACCCAGAAGAUCUACUUCUUCAAAUCAGGCAACUACUGGCGUUUCAACCUGCUGGAAAACCGCAUAGACACCACUCACGCUCGCAGCAUGAGGGACUGGAGGGGCAUACCCAAUGACAUAGACGCUGCUUUCCAAGAUCGCUACGGCUUCGCACACUUCCUGAGUGGAAACCAGUACUGGAAGUUUGAUCCAGUGGAAGUGAACGUGCUAGAAGGUUAUCCCCGAUACAUCGGCAUGGAUUUCUUCGGUUGCUCCCCAGCUCUGUAUUGAUAACUUAAUCCCAUAUUCAUCACUGAUUUCUACUCUUUUUAACACACCUGUGCACCUAAUUCUCCCUGCAUUUUUGCAAGAUCUUGAACGAGCGGCAGGGUUGGUAUUUUUUAUUUCAGGUAACGUGUCAGAUAUACUGUAUAUUUGACAACUGGAUCAAACACGUUUUAAUUUCGAGCAGGUACCGUGUAACUGCUCCACCUGUGACCCAAGGUGCUAUUUCAUGUUUACUGCACCACUUUUCUUGAAAAGGUUAUUCACUUGUAGAAACUGACAUUAGUUGGAUGCUUUUAUCGGAACAUUCGGAUCUUCUCAAAUACACUCCUCUCUCUCAGGAAAAGCAGGAAACUCUGGCCUUAAAAUAUUUGACAUGUUUUGUGUACUUGAUUAUUUAUUACCUGUAUAUUUUGUUGGCAGUAUUGAUAGUGUUAGGAACAUGUAACAGCCAUUCUUCUUGAGAAGUACUGUAAAAUGUUGAAAUUGUUUAAAAGACAGUGAUUUUAAGAUUCAAAGGAACGUUCAGUGUGUAUCAACUCUCCUCAUCUGUGGCAUGCUCCCAGUUGCCACAGAAAACAAUUUGUAAUCUGUAAAAAAAAACAAGCAAAAAUCACAUUCAUAGUAAAAUCCUUACAAUGGCAGUAUUUGGGGCAUCUGAAGGCACAAAUAAGUGCAGUUUGUAUUUUUAUUAAGGGUCUUUUCCAUACACAAACAGGUCCUUAGACUCAUGUUAACAUGUAUAAUGAUUAAAUAUUAACUUUCUUUGAGCUGUAUAUUUUAAUAUUUGUUUUAAUAAUACGUGAAAUGUCUUGCCGAAGAGACUUCCAUUGCAAGUACUUUACUACAGAGGGAAAUAAAUUGAACACAGAACAUUCUUUUAAUGCCCAUGUUUAAAAAAACCAUACAUUUAUGAAUCGCAUAUUUUCAAAAUAAAAGUGCACAAUUUUUCGAUAUAUCAGUUUUAAAGUCACCAUGAAAUCAAACAAAAGAAAACGUACCUCGUGUACAUUAUAGUAUUCUUAACAUAAGCAACAGCUUAUACUAUUUCACUGCCAAAUAUGCUGAAUGAUGCAUUACAUUCCAUUUUUUUUUUGUAACCGGUUUUGAGAUCUUGUAGUUUUCGACCUCUCACAGUGAUGGUUAUAUGAAGAUUAUUAUGUAGUACAUAUAGGUGCUAACAUGACCAUUAUUUGUCAGUCGAAAAUAAAACAGGCUUUUUUUAGACUUUUAAAGUAUAAUAAAUGUUAGUUGGUGAAACAUUGAAGUGCCUUAACUAGUAUAGAACUACAACCAAUGUUGUACUUUGAGCAUUAGGCUUAACUUAUGUCUGGAAGACUUGUUCUUGAAUAUUCAUAAUGUAUGUGUUGCAGUGCAGGUCACUGAUGCAGUCUUUUUCUAGAUCAUGUUAAUAAUUCAAAUAAACUCUCUGCGUAGUCGGGAUGAUGAGAUAAAACAUCCCUUUGGUUCUCACAAAGCACUGGUAAUAAUUUGCUUUCAAUUCACUGUUUUUAUAUGUAUGUAACCAAUUAUUUCUCUUGGUAUUGUUUUUAAUGAUCCAUUUACUGUGUA